AUGGCUGGUUACUAUCAUUGUCUCCCAGCUGUGUCGCACUCUCUGUACUUGUCCUUGCUUCGCAGUGAGAGCUUCAAAGCCCACAUGUUUAAUGACCAGGAGGUAUUGCUCGGUGUGGCAACUAAAUUAAGGCAUAAGGAGCUAUUCCACGAUUGUCUCAGUCUUAUUUCCGGCAGAUGGCAUCCAAAUGACCAGAAUUUCACCAUAGGUAUUAAAGAUCAGAGACUUGCGAAAUAUGCAGUUGAGCUACAUAACCUACUGGGCGGAAAGCUUGCAUAUACACACCAGGCGAUCUUGCGAGACACCUUUGCACCAUAUAGUGAUGAUGCAUGGCAAGAACUUUUGGCGAAUGCUGCAGAGGACUCACAGGGCUGCCUGAUAAGAUAUUUUAGGACGAUUUAUGACGAUGCUAUAGAAAUACAGCAAAAUGUGCUCAUCGACCUCCUAGCCCCUAUUAUCGAAAAUAAUCUUCAUUUGUUGCCCCGCGCCAUUGCCGGUGAAGUGAAAGAUGUUUGGAAAAAUAAUGAUCCUUUUUACCUUACUAGUGAUAUUUUAAAGAUUUGCUCCAUUGAAUUACAACAAGACCAGUACUCAGCACUAAAAACUAGCUGA